UUCAGCUUUUCAAACCAGGAAGAUGGAUUCGCUACCGAACAAAUGGAUUAUUCAUUUACUAGUUUGUUGGUUUUUCAUCGGUGUCAGCUGUAAUUCAGUGGAAAAGAAGAUUUAUGUGGAACUCAAUAACACUGUCCCAUGUGUGCGACUCCUCAAUGCAACACAUCAGAUAGGCUGCCAGUCCUCUUUGUCAGGUAAUGUGGGUGUCCUCCAUGUGCUGGAGUCAGAGGAAAACCUGGACUGGGUCCUGCGGUCUGGUCGCAAUCCUCCUUAUAUGGUCAUCCUGGAGUCCCCGCUCUUUACCAGAUCCAUCAUGAUGAAGCUGAAGAACGGCUCCAGCAGGGUGGCAGGCGUCGCUGUUGUGGUGCCAAACGCAAACCCAGCUGAGGGCUUCUCUCCACACACCCCCUGUCCCAACGAGAACACAGGUGUUUAUUCGGAUACCUACGAUCCGGCCAUGGCACACUGUAACGUGACAGUGUGGAACCCCUUGGGAAACGGCUUGUCCUACGAGGAGUUUGACUUCCCCAUCUUCUCUCUCAAAGAUGACAACGACACUCAGGUCAUACGACAGUGCUACUUGGACCACAACCGUCCCAUGAACGGCAGCACUCCUCAGUACCCGCUGUGCGCUAUGCAGCUCUACUCCCACAUGUCAGCCGUCACCGACACAGCCACCUGCAUGAGAAGAAAUGACAUUAACUUCAGCAUCAGCCCAGAGAUGGUCUGUGACCCAUUGGGUGACUAUAAUGUUUGGGCGUCCACCAGGCCGCUCAACAACACAGCCAAGGGCCACAAGAUGUGGGAGAGUGUAGUCAUCGCAGCAGCCAGGCUGGACAGCAGGUCUUUUUUCUCCAACGUCGCUCCAGGAGCAGAGAGUGGAGUCUCGGGGUUCGUCACCCUGCUGGCGGCCGCUCACGCUCUGCGUAACCCCACCCAGGAGGCCCCGCCUAACCGCACCAUCCUCUACACCUUCUUCCAAGGGGAAGCCUUUGACUACAUCGGCAGUUCCAGGAUGGUGUAUGACAUGCAGAACAAUCAGUUUGCAGUGGACCUGGACAAUGUUCACUCAGUGCUGGAGAUUGGACAGGUGGGACUUCGUGCUGACUCCAGAGUGUGGCUUCACACUGACCCCGUGUCUCGGAGGAACAGCAGUGUCAAUAAAGAGGUGGAGGAGCUCAUCAAUAACUUGCGCUUGGCCGCCACAAAUUUAAGUGUCUCGACAGAAGCGCCCAAUUUCUCUCAGCCGCUCCCGCCCUCGUCCUUCCAGCGUUUCCUGCGAGCUCGGCCAAUCCCCGGUGUUGUUCUUGAGGAUCACCAGUCUGCGUACGCCAACAGGUUCUAUGAGAGUAUGUAUGAUAACGGAGAAAACCUGAACAUAACUUACCCACCAAACCUGACGCCAGAGGAGCAACUGGAAUUUGUCACCGACACUGCUAAGGCUUUGACUGAAGUUGCCACCUUGGUUGCUCGGGCUCUGUACAAACAGGCAGGAGGAGCAGAGUCCCUGCUGAGCAACAUUAAGGCAGAUCCUCAAAUAGUGACCCAGCUGCUCUACGGUUUCCUUGUCCGGUCAAAUAACUCCUGGUUCCAGCAAAUAGUCUCCCCCGACUUGAUGAGUCAUCUGAUCGACAGGCCCCUAAAUUUCUACGUCGGCGUGAUCCAGCAGUCCAGCGAACCGACUCUCCUGGUCCAGUACCUGCUGGCUAACCUGACCGGCAGCACCGUCAACGUCACCAAGGACAACUGCCAGAGCCAGAGGGAGGAUGAGGAGGACAAAAAGAGCAAACAUAUGUACUACUACAUGUGGGUUCAGGGGGCGGCGCCUCCCAACAGCACACAGAGAGAGGGUUUCUGUGUCCGCUCCACCGCUCGUCUCUCCAAAGCCGUGUCCCCAGCGUUUGACCUGCGGCAGUACACCUCCAAAGAUUAUUCAACGUGGACGGAGUCCAGGUGGAAGUUCAUCAAAGGACGCAUAUUCCUGGUGGCCAGUCAUGAACUGGAGAUGUUGACGCUGGGUGUGGGCAUCGGCGUGCUGCUCACGUCCUUCCUGCUGACGUAUUUCAUCAGCUCAAAGGCCGACAUACUCUUCAGCUCGGGGAGGGAACCCACCAACGCCACCUACUGAUCCGAGCGGCGGCGACACAGGCCCACGACCACUACUACUACCAUCACUACUACUACUACUUCUAUCCCAACCCGACAUGGACAGGUCCUUUUUCUUUACAACACACCACGAGUAGGUACACAGACGGGUUAGACAGUGGGGGGGGGGUUAUUAGAGGACGACGACGACGACGACGACUGUGUUUAUGGACUCACUCAGGUGAGGCGUGACAUGACGACUGGACUGGACCGGACUGGAUUGGCCUGGAUGGAUCUGGACUCAUCAGGGUCAAAAAACACUGGUCAGGCACCAGAGGGCCUUCCCAGUGGGAAUGAUGUUUAUAUUUCUUUUAUUUUUCUUUAAUUUUUUUUCCCUUUUUAUUGUCAAAGAAUGUUUUGUUUACUGUGUCAUGGGAUAGUAACUAAUCAAUGAGCAUUGUUUAUUUGAGUGUGUGUGUGUGUGUAUGAUUGUGAAUAUGUAAAUGUGACCGAGUGUGUCGGCAAGUGACCACGUGAUUCAGUGUGUACGAACAAUUAUGUGUGAGAGUGUGUGUAUUUGCGUGUGCAUGCGUG